CCUGGCUUAUUUCACUUAGCAUAAUACUCUCCAGUUCCAAUAGUAGGGACCUGGACUAGGGAGUCAGAGCCCAAUCAGGAGAGAAAGACUUCUUAGUUAGGGAAGAAAUGGCAGCAAGAGUAGAAGAUUGGUUAUAUCCAGGAGGUUGAUCAAAUAAGGAAGUAAAUUCAAGAUAAUGGAAGUAGAUUUUUUUAAACCCUCACUGGAGGACAUUUUUCAUUGCUUUUAGAGAGAGAGAAAAGCAUCAAUGUGAGAAGCAUAGAUUGGUUGCCUUCUCAUAUGCAUGCUUCUGGACAGGGUUCAAAACCAGACCUGAGUAUGUGACCUGACCAGGAAUCGAACCUACAACCUUUUGGUCUACAGGAUGACACUCCCACCAAUCGAGCCACGCUGGCCAGGUGAAUAGAAGCAGAUUUCUUACUGUCACAGAAGGGAGUUAGAAAUGUGGAAAAAGAGCAAACUGGAACUCUUAGUGCUGGAUUAGAAUUAAAGGUAUUAGUGUGAACUCAUAUUUUCAAUGUUUAGAUAUAGAAAUAAAUAUACAGGUAAAUGUGUGUGUGUGUGUGUGUGUGUUAUUGGAGGGGGAUGAGUUAAGUGGGAGAGAUUACAAGAAAGAGGAUCACUUGGGGGCAGCUGAAUCAACUGUGAGCAGGGAGCCAGUUUGUGCCAAGAUUUCACAUAGAGGAUUAAAUUUUUGGAGUGUUUGUUUCUUGGCCUUUGGGAAAAAGAUAUAUUUAGCACUCAGUUUAUCUCCUUUUAAAUUGUGAUUUCAUUAAAUUAUCUUAACUGUUAAAAAGUAGUUACGUGUAACUGUAUAGCCUUUUGUUGUGCUGUUGUGGCAAUUAAAGAGAUAGGGAAGGAUGGAGUAGAGAAGGGCAGCCUACUCCAAUAGACGUCCAAUAGAGCCGCUUUCAGAAGUUGCUGGAAGUGAUGGUAGCAAAAUGAUUGAAGAGUCAUGAUGAAGCUAGUUAAGAACAACAGGGAAAAGCAGAGAGCGCUGAGAGGCAGUUUCAGAAGAUACAUGAUCUAUGUCUAUGGGGCAACUGUAAUAGAAUAACAAUAAAAAUUAUUAAAAAAGAGAAGAUACUUGACCUAAAGUUUCACUUCCCUCAUACAUUAGAGGAUAGUAACUAUUCAAAGUGGGAAGCUGACAUGAGUUUUACAGCCACAAAUGGAGAGACGAAUGUAGCUUAAGUGAGUAUAAGCCAAGACUGGUUGGUGUACAAAUAAUUAUGUUUGCAUGUAGAUGCAAAUAUACAUUUUACUAUUGUUGGUGAGUUCAAAUAACACAGUUCUCAGGAAAGAUUUCUCUGUUUCUUUUUUCUAUGCCUUCCUAUUUCUUUUCCCUACCCUUUGAGUUUCUACUGUAUUAUCUUUGCUAGCAUAAAUUUAAAGGCUGUUGUUUUCACUGUGCUGACCCUGGAGAAUGGACUUCUGUCUUGAGGUUUUUAGUUCUCCUGAGAUGCUUUUCAGAGCUAUUUGCAUAACUGGGGCCUCUGUUCUCAUCCAGUUGCAUAAUAGGAAGUAUGAAAAAAGUUGCUGUAGUGUUUGGUUUCAUUUAAAAGGGUUUUAAAGAGGAGAUGGAAAGGAUUUUUUUUGAGAAGAGCAGAAGGUCUCAUCUAAUAUGGCUUCAGAGAUCACUUAUGCUGACUUGAAGUUCGAAAAUGCAUCCAAGUCUUUAGGCACCAAAUCAGAGCCUCCUACGGCUCCCAAAGAGAAGACCAGCCCUCACAAAAGUAACCCUGGCUUUCCCAAGGUACUCUUCCCCUCAUUGCUGAUACUUCUGCUGUUAUUGGCAAUCUCAUUUUUUGUUGCUUUCAUCAUUUUUUUCCAAAAAUAUGCUCAGCUUCUUAAAGAAAAAAAGACUGCAAAAGAAUUUAUCCACACAGAAUUGGAGUGUAUGAAAGAAAAUUUAACCAUGGAAGAGAAAUACUGGAGCUGCUGUCCAAAGAAAUGGAAGUCAUUUAGGUCGAAUUGCUACUUUAUUUCUACUGCAAACAAAAAUUGGAUGGAGAGUGAAAAGAACUGCUUAAGAAUGAAGGCUCACCUGCUGGUGAUCAACACCAAGGAAGAGCAGAAUUUUAUCACUCAGGACCUGGAUAGAAAGUUUGCUUAUUAUGUGGGGCUGUCAGACCCAGAGGGGAAAAGAGCCUGGCAAUGGGUUGAUGGGACACCAUACAAUAAGAGCGCCACAUUCUGGCAUCCAGGUGAACCCAGUGAUCCCCAUGAACGUUGUGUUAUACUGAAUGCACCUCAGCCACGCCCAUGGGGCUGGAAUGAUGUCCCCUGUAAUGGCCCUCACUCAUCAAUUUGCAAGAUGGUGAAAAUCCACUUAUGAAUGGAACACUCUCCAUGAACAUGUGAUUGAAUUGACAUCCCCCAUUGAAGAGAUAGUUAAUUUGCUUUUUUAAAUUCAUGUGAUUCUAAGUGAUUCCAGAGAAUUUUCCAGUAGGCUGUCACCUAUUCAACUUAUGUAAAAUCAGUGUACAUAUUCUUUCAUUUAUUCCUUCAUACAAUGAACACCUAUUGAGCAUUUUCCAUGGGCAGACAGUGUACUGGAGAGCCUAUCUGCAGAAAAACAGAGAGAGCAUGAGCCUUCUCUCCUGAUUUUUGUCUAAUUGCUAAGGGGUUAGAUGCCGAUGUAGUAAUAUGAUGUGGUUCUUCCAUCUAUCUGGAAUUAUCUCUUUAUAGGUUGGUCAAAGGCAAAAUAAUACCAACCAUUGCAUUCCAGUUCCCUCAGAGAGAUUCAUUAUUUUCACUCAAAACAUAUUAUUUAUCAUUUGGAAUAUAUGUACAACAAUGGAAAAUAAGUUCCAGCUUUGGCCCAGUUAACAUUCUCUGUUUGGUCUUGGACUGUCAUUCAAUAUCAGAAUACAGGCAUAGGAUUAUCAGUGAUUGAGCAUUGGCUAUUUAGAAUUAGGGAAUUAAAAGUUAUUACUGAUAUAAAAAGAAUAUAAAUGGUCCCACUUUAAAAUGGAGUCAGAGCUGCCAUCCCAAAGCCUUGGAAUGUUAAAACUUGGCAAAAUAACCUUUGGAGUGGACCUAAAGCAGCAUUAUAUCCUAAAUCCUUGGCAAAGAUAACAACAACAACAACAACAACAACAACAAAGCUAUUAUAACUUCCUGACUGAAAAUGAGAUACCUUCUUUAGAAUCAGUAUUAUUAUGUAGUCUGUCUGCACCUCUAGAAAUCCCUUCUGUCUAUUUAUAUAAUUGUUCACCUUACCUUUCUCAAAUACCCCUUACCAUCAAUUCCUAGUUGGAACACUAAGUUUCUGCCUGAAUCAGCACUUCCAGAAUAGCUUUUGGAUCUUAAAAAAAUGUUUGUUGAUUCUCACUUUGGUCUUUUAUUUUUAGGUUAACACUGGUAGUUGACAUAGAUUUAAUUUCAUCAGAUAUUCUGAUACAUUUUUUCUUUAAGCAUUUUAAUUUCUAUGUGUGGACUGCUACUCAAAAUGGCCCCUGGCAUAUUUAUACCCCCCUUUUACUACAGUUCAUAUACAUUAUUUCCUUCCUAUAAUAUAAAAUAUAUGAUAUUUAUAAUAAAGUCUGUAUUCAUUCCUUUAGUAUAGUCAUUGUAAUAGAUUGUGGUAAAGCUGAUUUUCACCUUGGCUAUCCCACCGUGGCCUAAAAUUAUACCUUGAUUUUCUUGAUUUAACUGAGUAAUUAUAUUUACCAUCAUUUCUUGACUAUAUGUAAUGUUGAGUUAUCUUUAUACUGGUCUGAUUUUAUACAUUAUAUGCAGAAUAUACCAGUUUACUUCCACAUCACAAUUCUGGGAAAAUUUUGGGGAAACUUUAUUUACAAUGAGCUUUCCUCAUUAUUAUUUUAAUAACAUGGGGACAGAAUGUAGGGAGGGCAGAAAGAACCACUUUACCUAAACCUUUGAUUAUCAGCAUAGAAGGUGUGCUUGAAUAGGAGUGAAAUGGAGGAUGAUAAUAUUGUUUAGUGCUGGAACUUUUCUCCUUCCUCCACUUUACAUUGCAUGAAUGUGGUUCAGAGCCUAUUUCUUUAAUUUUUCCUAGACACUAUUAAAUCAACAUUGUGUAUAAUAGCUUCUAUGUAAAAUUUGUGUUAAAGAGGGAGUUUAAAUGAAGAAGUAUCUAGCUGAGUCCUAGAAAAUGGGUAUAAUUGUGAAAAAUAACACAAUUAUUUAUAGCUACUAAGUUGUGGGGUAAUUUGUUAUUCAGCAAUCUAUAACUGAGACAACUUUAAAUUAUAUUACAGUUUUGAACCAAGAUUCUGCAAAAUUAUGAAACAUACUCAAUCACACUGCUGCCUCUAAAAAGAUUAGUAACAAUUUAAUGAGAGUAGAUUAAUUGUACUAGCGAUAAAUAAAAUGCAAUAUUAAAAUGUUCAGUGUUUAUAUCAUUUAAUUCCUGUUAUUGUAUAGUGGGUUUGUUUUGUUAUAUUACAUCAUAGGUUUGUCAUUCUUAAAUAUAUCUUCAAUAGUAAAUGCGCAUAUAAUAAUUUUUCUACUAUUAAGGAUGUGCAAUCAAAAAUUGUUUUAAUAUCACUAUUCUAGAAAAAUUCACAAGUAAGUAAGUAAAUAAAUAAAUCUAUCAAUGCUUCAAGCUCUUUUGGUCAAAGUACCACUUGGUAAAUGAACCAGGAGGCAGAAACUCAGUGGACUGUCCAGUACUGGGAAAAAAUACUUUUGCCCAUUGGGAUUGGAAAUAAUUAACCUUGAUGAUAUCUCUAAAGGUUGGAUUCUUUUGGCACCUGACAAUACUUCUAGGCCUGUAUAAGUUAAUUUUCAUUAGAUGAUCUUAAUACCAAAACAGGAAUUAAUAGUUCUGUCUUUGCUAACGUGAAAAUCAUCAAUGGUUAGCACUUUGUCAAAUAUAAAUUUUAUGACUCCAGGAUAGAAGAAAUAAUGUGAAAAUUCAACUGUUAAACCAAAUGUGUAGUAUAAAGAUUUGAUUAAUCAUAUUCUGUCCACAAAAUGAAAUACUCUGCAUUAGUUAAAUUGUUGCAAAUGGGAUUUUAUAAUUAGGUGUUUGACACAUACUUGUUGGGCUAUUUAUCCUGUUUUCCUUCAAGCAAAACUUCAGUGUUGUUUAGAGAGUCACAAGCUUCUCAAGUACCUUGGGAUGCUAACCAACUUCAUAAUCAGCUCCAUGGGUUCAUACCAAUUAAUCCAAGGUAAUCAAAAUAGCCACCUAGUAGUUGGUUUAGCCAUAGGCACAAAUUGCAAGUUAUUCCCAUGAACUGCCUCUGUUUUUUCUCAGAGGAAUUAUGGAACUAAAUCUCCCUCUCUCAAAUAGUAUGAAUAAAGAACUAUGUAGUUCUUAUUGCUGAUAGUCAUGCUAUGAUCAUGAUGGGAACUAGCCUUAGGAAGACAGGAACACCGUCCAUAUCAUUUGUAGCUUGAUAGCUCAUUUCUUUUCAUUGCAGGAGAUAUCUUAGUAUAUGAAUAUACUAUAGUUUAUCGAUUCACCUAUUACAGGACAUCUUGGUUGUUUCCAGUUUUUGGAAAUUAUGAAUAAAGCUGAUAUAAGAAUUUAUGUGCAAA